AAAAAAAAAAAUCAGUGUCUUAUACUAUUUCAAGCUUUAGAUACCACUAGAAUAGUACUAGGUCUGUGAUGAAUUGAGAAGUACACUAUUUAAUAAAAAAUGUGCAUGCAAGUGCGUGCAGGGCAAGGCUUGACAAAUGCAGUUGGAGUAGAGCUUUUCGCGAAUCUUUAAUUAAAGCUUGACAAAUGCAGUUAGAGUAGAGCUUUUCGAGAAUCUUUAAUUAAAGUUUCCACUAGUUGGAGACACAGGCGAAAGUUUCAAAUUAGAGUUUCAUCUUUCGAGUUUGGUCGAUAUUUCGGUUUCCUGCUUUAGCCAGAAGCUCUAGAUACUUGCCUUCGAACUUUUGACUUCUGCUUCUCGAUUAGUAUUGGGAAGCUAGACCAAAUAGGCACAAACCAAUGAAAAGAUGCAGUGAUGAGAUUUUUCAGAUUCACGUUAUAUGUUAUCCUCUUUCUCGUCUAUCAUGCUGAGAGUCUGAAUAAGUUGAAGCGUCACUUGAGCGUCAGAAUAAAGAGGAUGGAUCGAAGAAAAUUCAUCAGAGGUGAACAGGUUGAAAAUGUGAAGCCUCAGAAGAAACUAAUCUGCAACUUCGCAGAUCGAAGAUCUGAUGUGUGUGAAAUGGACGGCGAUGUUCGUAUUCAUGGCAAUUUUUCUUCUAUAUACUUUAUUAAUUCCAUCGAGAGCGACACUUCAGUAACAAAUGAGACUUGGCAAGUCAAGCCUUAUACUCGAAAACACGACCGCAACUUAAUGGAAAGAAUUCGAGAACUUACCAUCGCAUCUUCGCAUAGUCCUUUUGAUGCCCCUACAUGCACUGUAAAUCAUAGCAUCCCCGCCGUUGUAUUCGCGACAGAAGGAAUAACCGGAAACUUCUACCAUGCCUUCACUGAUUUAUUGAUUCCUCUCUUCAUAACUUCUCGACAGUUCGACGGUGAAGUUCAAUUCCUUAUAUCACAAAUGCUUAUCCGGUGGGUUCACAAAUACGAAAGGAUUCUUAAGAAGCUCUCGAACUACGAAGUUAUCGAUCUCGACAAAGAAGUUAAAGUUCAUUGUUAUCCUCAUGCAAUUGUAGGCCUACACAGCCACAAGCCUCUAAGCAUCGAGCCCUCGCGAGCUCCGAAUAACUAUUCCAUGGUCGACUUCGCAAAGUUCAUGCGGACGGCCUACGCUCUAGAUCGAGAUUCAUCGAUAAGUCUGCGCGAAAACCCUAGAACCAACAAGCCAAGGCUUUUGAUCAUAGCAAGGAAUCGCACUCGACAGCUAGUAAAUAUUGACGAAGUUGCUCGAAUGGCGGACGGGCUAGGGUUCGAAGUUGUCCUCGAGGAGGGCUCGUCCUUGAGAACGGUGGGGCAGUUUGCGCAGAUCGUGAACUCGUGUGAUGUGAUGAUGGGUGUUCAUGGCGCGGGCCUCACCAACUCUAUCUUCCUUCCUACUAAUGGAGUGCUCAUACAAGUAGUCCCCUUUGGUAUGCUUGAGGCCGCGAGUAUGGUGGACUUUGGGAUACCUGCAGGGGACAUGAAGUUAAAAUACUUGCAAUAUAGCAUAAGUGAAGAGGAGAGCACUCUCAUAGAGCUUUAUCCAAGGGACCACCCUGUGCUUAGAGACCCCAAGUCAUUGCACAAGCAAGGAUGGUCAGUCUUGAGCAAAAUAUACUUGCGUCAGCAAAAUGUGAGGCUUAAUGUCACAAGGUUUAGGCCUGUUUUAGUGGAAGCAAUGGGGCUUCUUAAUUAGUCAAUAGCAAUAAUGCUAUGGUUUGAUGUGUUUAUGGGGUGUGUGCAAGCAAUUUGAUUUAGACAAAGGAGUUUUCUUGGUUUAAUGUGUGAUUUUUAUCAGGUUAUAAAGAUUAAAAAUUAAUAAUUACAUCACUUCUGUAUUAUUCUUUCUUUUUUAAAACAAAUAAAAGCUCAA